AUGCACGACGCCCAAGACACCGACCCCUCAAGACACUUCUACAAGGCCCCAACCCCGCCCAAACGCUCCAACAUCUUCAGCGGCGGCGCCGGCUUCCUAGUCGCUCGUCCUUCCAUCGGCGGUCUCGUAGUCUCCGCGAAACCUUCCGCUAUCGAUCUCGCCCAUCUCGGCCUCCCCCGCACUCACGACACGCAACGCCCCGCCGCCCCGGCAACCGACGACGACCUCGCGACGCGCAUGCUGCGUCUCGGCGCAACCUGGUGGCCCGACUGGGACACCUACGCACGCCACCUCUCCCGGAUCCAGGUUGACGACGUCAUCUACGACUUUCACUUCCCGCCCCAGACGCAUGUGGGAUAUCCCUCGACUGGCGGAGUGUGGGUGGUGAAGUUGUCGCGGGACGAACUGUGGUUCGACGGGUUCGGGAGGCGGGACGAGCGGACGCGGACUUGGCCGCGGAAGCCUAAGGAGUGGGACCUCAGGAUGGGCAUGGCAUUGGAUAUGGACGAGAAAUGUUCGGUUAUUAAGCUGUUUGGGGGCACGUUUUACGAGGAUCUCGAGGGUUGUGCUGGGGAAGUCGCGAGGAGUCUGAAGGAGGGUAGGGAGAUGUUUGGGCAGUAUGAGGAGCUGCUGAGGACGAUGGAUGAUGGGGAGUAUGUGAAAAAGUGGCUUGCGGGUUCGCAGAAGCGAGAGCAUCAUUCUGAUAGUGAGGAUGAAUACUUUUGGGACGACGGAGCUGGAAACAAUAGAAAUGGUCAUGGUAAGGGAUGCUUGGUCUCGUAA